AGAGAGUUAAGAAAUCAGCUGGUCUGAGUUCAGUGUAUACAAUCUACACACAUUGUUCACUGUUCAAUCUAGAGUGUUUAUUUGACCCUUUUAUCUUCGUUAAAGUUAUUAUUUGCCUUUCCCAACUAUAUAUCUACUUUACAAGUCAAUUUCUCCAGAAUGGUUGUAAGCCUGAAAUGGAGAGGAAAGGGAGGAGAUGUAAAGAUUGCUGGAGAGUUCAACGGGUGGGAACCCAGCCCUACAGAUAGGACACAUGACAUGUGGCAGGUCAACCUGGACCUAAAACCGGGCAGGUAUGAAUACAAGUGGGUAGUUGAUGGAGAAUGGCUAUUGGAUGAAUCUCAAAGAAUAGAUACUGAUACGUCUGGGAACAAAAACAAUAUUCUUAUCGUGGAAGAAGGAUGUAAAGACCAGAAAGAAGAGGAAGGGAAAGCGGAAGUCCAUGAAGAGAUGAAAGAGAAGAUUGUUGAUGAAGAGGGAGAGGGGAGCGGAGAUAGUGAUAGUUGGGAGCGUGUUAGUGUUGGAGAUUGUUCAGGAGAAGAUCUCGCUAAUAAACCUGAACCCGGAGAACCCAAACCUGAACCCGGAGAAACCAACCCAACUCUGGUCGGUUCAACCCCAUCCGUCCAACCAGGGAAGAAGGAAGUCAAUAUAGAACGAGUUUUCAGUCCUGGAUCUGAAUACAAUGCUGAGAUGAAUGAAGGGGAGAAGGAUGAGUAUAUGGUUGAAUACUGGGAUACCCUCGACUAUACCCUCAUGAAGGAGGGACUAUGGCUCAAGCAGAUCAAAAACAAGUGGAUUCUGAGGAGAUUGGACAGGGCGGGGGUUUCUAGUGUAGAGGAUAAAACAGAAAUAGAAAAAUAUCUUUUUCAAGCAUUGGGAAUCCAGAAAACCUUGGAAAGUUAUGUCUCUGACAACUUAGGAUGUAACAUUCAAUUUAAUGGGAGUACACACAGAUACAAGUAUGACGAUGUUACUGUGGAGUGUAUACAAGAGGGGGACCUACGUACAGUGUCACUCAGGCUACAAUCUGAAUUAUGCCCUGGAUUGAAGAAAAUCUACGAAACCGCUCGACAUCUUGGCUUGGAGAAGUUAAACCUUGUGUAAUCAAUAGAUCUCUCUUGCAAUCUCUUCUCAAGAUUUUUGAGUUGGUUUUUUUCUCCAGUUUAAAUAAAAUGGAGAUCUAAUGUUUUUCGUCCUAUUGUUGCGCUCAAUUGACUAUUUACUUGAAUUUAAGUUUUUAAAUGUUUUUAUAUUUUUAUGAAUAAACCGCUUUUAUUUUUG